AGGAAGAGGAAGAUGCCAGGGGCCCCCCGGGCAGGCCCCGAGCUGAGGACGGAGGGCAUGGAGGACAAAUCCCCCCAGCAGACCCUGGUGGGAGAGGCUGUUUUGAAGGGCUCCAUGGCGCAGGAAGGUAGUGGGGAGGAAAAGGCCCAGAGAUCCCUCAGGAGGAGAGGCUCCAAAGCCAGCCCAGGGUGCUCUGAGGAGGAAAGACCCAGCCUGUGCCGGGAAGGCGGCCGGAGCUUGAACCAGAGCUCCAAGCUGGUGGUGGAGGAGCGUGUCAGUGCCGUGGAGAAGCCCUACAGGUGCCCCAGUUGUGGGAAGAGCUACUGCAGCAACACCAUCCUCCUUGCCCACCAGCGUGUCCACACUGGGGAACGGCCCUACGAGUGUGAGGAAUGUGGGAAGACCUUCAUCUAUGGCUCCCACCUCCUCACCCACCACUGGGUGCACACGGGGGAACGGCCCUACAAGUGCUUGGAAUGUGGGAAGAGCUUCAGCAUCGAAUCCAACCUGACCCAGCACCAGCAGACCCACACUGGGGAAUGGCCCUACCAAUGUCUCGAGUGUGGGAAGAGGUUUCGGAGCAGCUCAGAUCUCCUCAAGCACCAGCGGACGCACACGGAUGAGAGGCCCUUUUGCUGCACUGACUGUGGGAAGGGCUUCAAACGCAACUCCACCCUCAUCAUCCACCGCCGCAUCCACACCGGGGAGAGGCCCUACAAGUGUGGGGAGUGUGGGAAGAGCUUCAGGCAGAGCUCUGCCUUGACCACACACCAACGGACCCACUGGUAAGGGAAGGCCUGCGAGUGCCUUGACUGCGGGAAGAGCUUCAUCUGCUGCUCCAACUCCAUCAUCUGUCAGAGGACCCACCUUGGGAACAGGCUUGGUGACCCACAUUCCCAGUGACCCACAUUGGGAACAAGCUUGGUGACCCACAUUCCCAGUGACCCAUGUUGGGAAGACCCCUGGCUGGUGGACUGUGGCAGGAUAGUCCCAGCCUGGCCAGACCCAAGGUCCAAUCAAGCUCAUAAUCAAGCUGUCACACAAGAUCAACUGCUGGAGCCGGGGUGUUGUCUUGGUGUUAACUCUGCUCAAACCAUCCUGGUUGGUCCAACGUUGAACACACACCCUGCUGGUUGAAGUCUGAGUUGACAGACAAGCUGAGAGCUGGCCUGGAAAGGCAGGCCUGGCACUCAAUCACUUUUUCCUAUAAAAAGUCCAGUCCCCUCUCAUGCAGUUGGGUUCUUUCUGACAAAACCCUCCCUGGGGGGUGUGUGGAGAUUCCUCCCUUGGCUGGGGAUGCCCUCCAAGGUCACUCCUCGAGGCUGAGAGAAAGAGAUCUCCCCACGGGCAUUGGUCUGGGUGAGUUACAUCACAUCUCUACUUAGUAAUUAUUUCUUUUUGCCAACUUUAAUGGAACUGCUUCAAUAAAUGCUUUGUUCCAGUGCCCUGUACUGCUUUAUGCUGUAUUAGACUCUACUAGUAGAUUUGUAGUGUUUAUUUUGUUUCAGUGUUUCUGUUGUGCAGUAAGUAGUUCUGAUUAAGGUUUUUGUCUGAUCAUUUGUAUAAAGUACAUUAUUCAUUUUAUAUAAAUAUUCUGGUUUUGCCAUCGUGAAAACCUGCAGGACAAAGUGGUUUAAGAGCUCUGUAACUCCUUUAAAUUUAAACCAUGAACACAGUCCGGGGCUAAGAGAGGAUUCAGCCACAUCCAAACCCUUCCCUGGGAAGGAGUUCAGAAAGCCAGGGAGUCCUUCCUGCACCUCCAGACUCUCCGGCAAGGCUUUGCUUUUUAAAACUUAGUCUGAGCCUUCCACUCUCCCGUGACGGGGUCUCCACAUCCUCCUGGUUCCCCUUGUGUCCUGGUUUGACCCUGGCCAGAUGCCAGGGGCCUGUUGAAACCACUCCACUACCCUCCUGUCUGAGUUUAAAGAGACUGGAAUGUUUUGCUAAGGGGGAUGAGUUAUGAAGUAGACCAA